AGCUUCGAGAAGAUCGGCUACACAGAGGUGCAGUUCCGCCCGUACCGCACGGACGACUUCAUCACGCGGCUGUACUACGAGACGCCGCGCCUGACGGUGCUCAACCAGACGUGGGUGCUGAAGGCGCGCGUCAACGACUCGGAGCGCAACCCCAACCUCUCCUGCAAGCGCACCCUCUCCUUCCAGCUCAUCCUGAAGAGCAAGGUCAACUCGCCGCUGGAGUGCUCCUUCCUGCUGCUCGAGGGGCCCUACGACGACGUCAAGAUCAACCCGGUCAUCUACCACUUUGUCUUUACCAAUGAGAACAAUGAGACGGAGUACAUGCCGCUCCCCAUCGUGGACUCGGUGGAGUGCAACAAGCUGCUGGCGGCCAAGAACAUCAACCUGCGCCUUUUUAUAUUCCAGAUCCAGAAGUAGGCGAGGCCGCGGCGCCUGCGUGGCGCCGUCGUGAUGCCGUCGCGGCGCCAUCGUGGUGUCAUCUUGGAUGAUCGUGGCGUCAACGCGGGUCAUCGCGGCGUCAUCGUGGCGCCGUCAUGGGUGAUCGCGGCGUCAUCGUGGCGCCGUCAUGGCGUCAUCGUGGGAUGAUCGCGGCGGCGACGCGGCGUCAUCGCGGUGCCAUCAUGGCGUCAUCAUGGAUGAUCGCAGCGUCCUCUUGACGCCAUCAUGGCGCCAUCGCGACGUCAGCGCGGCGUCAUCAUGGGCGAUCACGGCGUCACCGUGGUGGCAGCGUGGCACCGGCGUGGCGCCAUCGCGACGACAUCGUGGAUGAUCGCGGCGUCAUCGCGCUGCCCUCGCGGCGUCCCCGUGCCUCGCGCGCCCGGCGCCGCCUCGCCGCGGUGCCCCUCGUGCCCGCGCCUGCAUGCCGCAGCAGCCACAGCCUUCCUCCUCCUCCUCCUCCUCCUCCUCCUCGCCCCGGUGCCGGCGGCGGCGCUGCGGGGGGGGCGCGGCGCGGCGCUCUGUACAGCGGGUCCUCUGUCUGUUUUACUAGGAGAAUAAACCACGGGGGGGAUUUUCCAAGGA